AUGCAGCCCCUCAACGCUGUCAUGACGGUCCUGCCUUCGAACAACAUCAUGGCGCAGCCUCGCCGCAGCGGUCUCAAGCGUAAAGCAACGUCCCCCUUGAAGCGUGUCCAGUUCUCCGUUGCCACCGAGUACACAUUCCAAGUUGGGUGCGCGGCCACUGCGAUCCCCCACGACAGUGUGCCAGGUGUGGGCCUUGAAGGACCUGCAAUUCGCAUAGAAACCACUGCCAUUCAUGAAAAGCGAAGCCAACUUAUGAUGUACACCCAUCGGGAUCGCGUGUGCCUCUUGCGCCGCGCGGGGUACUCCAUCGCCGACUUGAACCAACAAAGCCGCGACCUCCAAGCCAUCCAGAAGUCCCGCAUGGAAACAGUGAACGAGUACAUUAAAGAGCGACGGGAAGCUAUUGCGUUGCAAACUAGAGAGCAAAUGGACCUCGCGCGACUCCUUUGCUAGUCGUCGCAACAGUAUUUUAGCCUUUAGGGCCACAUAGGAUAAUUAAUUUCAGGCUCUUCUCUUCCCCCG